AUGGCUUGGCUCAGGCCCGCUGCGGCUUCCUCAGCUGGCUCCGCCUCCUCCGUCUUCUCCACCUCCGAAAAACCUCGCCACGACUCUCCUCACGCCUACGGUACCCUCUGCUCUCUCUCCCUGAAUCCCACUGGCAUCUCUUGCCCGACUCUAAGAAUAGAGGGUGGUACGCCUCCGCAGUAUCAAGCGGUCCACUUUGGGACUGUUCGGACUGUAGUUGUGCCUGAAACUGGUAGAAAAUGA